AGUUCAACCGUCUGGCAUUCGAUUCACUCAGUUCCCAUUCUCAUUCCGAUCCAAAAGUGCGAAAAGCUUCCAAAAUGACCUCUACACUCAAGAUGACUGUGCUCUUCCUUAUCGGCUGUCUGCUCAUGACGUCAAUCACUGCCCUGCCCUUCGACCGAUACAUCCGAGACGAUGACGAGCGCCAGAACGAUGUCAGUGGAGAGUGGUUCCGCAAACCCAUUGUCAGGUUGGACCGACUCUUCAGUAGUGCCGAAAGGCCGUCGGAAGGCCGGAUUUCGGUGAGACGACCCACCAGGAACGACAGACCUGAGUCCACGGAGAGCUCCAAGCACGCUCAUUCCAUGAUCACCACAAUGCUGGGAUUUGUCAACAGCGCCAUCAGCUUUGGCAGGUCCUUUCUUAGGGACUAAAGAAAUGUCGCACCCUUAAGUUACGUUUUUAAAAGUUUCUAAAUACAAUUUCUUUAGUUUCUAAUUAAGAAAAUUAUGAUCCUUAAGAACUGAUGAUCCCUUGAUCUAAAAACAAAUUAUUUUUGUAAUGAUAUACAAUUUUGUUAAUA